UCUAGGCGGGACUAGCGCCGUCGUCGCCUUCGUGACCGGCCGCGCUCUCCCGGUUCCGAGCGGGUGCUCGAUGCGUGGCGGUGGCUGGCGGCGGGGGGCGACCAUGGCCGUGAUGUCGCUGCGCGUCGGCCGCCGGCGGCUCCUGGCCGGCCUGGUGGUGCUGGCGGCGCUGGGCUGGUCAGCCGGCGUCUCGGCAUCGGACACCGCAACCUCCAGCUGCCGUGAUUCCGCCCCGGCGGAGCGAAUCGCCAGCAACAGGACUAAGGCCUUUCCCGUCGUUACCUUUGACUUUGAUCAUAUCCGUCCCCAGUUCAUGGUGGCCCUGUGGAUCUUACUAGCCUCCUUAAUGAAGCUGGGUUUUCACUUUCUUCCGAAGGUGCCCUCGAUUGUCCCAGAGAGCUGUGUGCUGGUGUGUGUGGGCCUCGUUGUCGGAGGUCUGAUAAAGGGCGUAGGGGCCGAGCCACCAAUCCUGAAGACAGACGUGUUCUUUUUCUUUCUCCUUCCCCCCAUCAUUCUGGACGCCGGCUACUUCUUGCCAUUCAGACCAUUCACAGAGAACCUGGGAACGAUACUGAGCUUUGCAGUGAUCGGAACGCUGUGGAACGCGUUUUUCGUUGGAAUGCUGAUGUACGCAGUGUGCCAGUUUGGUGGGAGCGAUCUGAAAAAUGUCAGCCUGCUGGCCUGCCUGGUUUUUGGCAGCAUCACUUCAGCGGUGGAUCCUGUGGCGGUGCUGGCUGUCUUCGAGGAGAUUCACAUCAACGAGUUGCUGUACAUCUUGGUGUUCGGAGAGUCUCUGCUCAACGAUGCAGUGACUGUGGUGCUCUACCACCUUUUCGACGAACUUGCUGGUGCCACUACAAUCGGAGCCAAGGAAGUGGUCCUGGGAUUCCUGUCAUUUUUUGUGGUGUCUAUUGGAGGUGUCCUUGUUGGAAUUUUCUUUGGAAUUUUGGCUGCCUUUACCUCCCGCUUCACGUAUCGCAUUCGGGUUAUCGAGCCCCUCUUUGUUUUCCUCUACAGUUACAUGAGUUACUUGUGUUCGGAGCUCUUCCAUCUUUCAGGAAUCAUGGCCCUCAUUGCCUGUGGUGCAGUCAUGCGUCCUUACGUGGAGGCAAAUAUAUCUCAUAAAUCGCACACCACCAUUAAAUACUUCUUGAAGAUGUGGAGCAGUGUCAGUGAGACUCUCAUCUUCAUCUUCCUGGGUGUGUCCACUUUUGCUGGGGAACAUGAUUGGAAUUGGAUCUUCGUGACCAGCACAGUGCUAUUCUGCCUGAUCGGUCGAGUCCUCGGUGUUCUGGGUCUGUCUUUAGUACUUAACAGAUUCCGCAUUGUGAAACUCACUCCCAAGGACCAGUUCAUAAUUUCAUAUGGGGGCCUACGAGGAGCUAUUGCCUUUUCACUUGGCUACCUGCUGAACAAAAAUUUCCCUCGAUGCAUGUUCCUCACUGCCAUUAUUACUCUCAUCUUCUUCACUGUCUUUGUUCAGGGGAUGACCAUUCGACCGUUAGUUGAAUUGCUUGCUGUGAAGAAGAAACAAGACACCAAACGUUCCAUUAAUGAAGAGAUCCACAUCCAGUUCCUGGAUCAUUUACUGACUGGUAUUGAAGAUAUAUGUGGACAUUAUGGACAUCAUCACUGGAAGGACAAGCUGAGCCGGUUUAAUAAAAAAUAUAUUAGGAAGUGUUUAAUUAGCGGCGAAAGAUCCAAGGAACCACAGCUUAUUGCAUUUUAUCACAAAAUGGAGAUGAAAAAUGCGAUUGAGAUGGUAACGACUGGUGGCCUGCCCAAGGUUCCAACGUCAGUGUCCAUUCAGGAUAUGACAAGAAGGGGUACAGCUACUGAACGACUGCUGCCCACACUUUCUAAAGAAAAAGAGGAGGAAGUCCGGAAAAUACUUCGAGAGAAUCUCCAAAGAACGAGACAGCGGCUUCGAUCCUAUAGCAGGCAUACUCUGGUUGCUGACUCAUACGAGGACCACUGGAGCCAAAUAAUUCUGAAACGUCAAAGAUUGCAGAGCUCUGAGCCACGGACACCUUCUCAGGUAUUAACUCAGCCUCUCGACUGGGAAUCCCCAAGGGCUUCCAAUCUAAAAGUGGAAUCAGAUUCCAUGAACAAUGAAGGCAUUGAUCCUGCAGAAAACGUGCUAGUGGUCUCUGUUAAAUUGCCCACCGAUUCCUCCUCGUCGACAAUCGAUACUUUACGCAAACCGUCUGCAUUAGAGCAGGAAGACAGAAGUUUCGAUGUUACACGUUCACAUUCGCCCGUCCCGGCUGCCUCAGCCAGUCAGCGCAUCCUGCGCUUUGUGAGUGACCCAGGACCAGACAGCAAACCUGAUGACAACGACCAGUCAUAGAACCAACCAAGAGGUGUCCACUAAAUCUCAGUUCCUGCCAAUGCCAUUCGUCAGCCGAAUUAUGUUUGAAGCCUGUUUCUCAUGGUGUAUUUUCAGAGAUAAAAUUACCGUGUCACGGAGCAGUGUAAAUACCAAUCUUAUAACGGGGAGUAGGGGACAAAAAAAAAGUACUGAAAUUCUGUUUGUGGUAGAUAUAUUUUUGGUUGAUAUUAUUGAGAAUCCAGUUGAUAUAAUUAAUGGAUAACAUCCUCUACAACAAUUGUCAAGUAUUCAUUCCAGGAGCUGUUCCCUGGUAAAUCUGUCAACAUCUCUUCAAAUGGCAGAACUGGGGCAUACAAAAGAGCCACAACACUUCGAGAAACAGGCUCUGAUUCAAAGGUCAGCAUCAGGUCAAGCGCACAAACUGUAUGCCUUGAAACCAAAAGACAAAUUUAUUUUUCUAGUUGUUAUCAGAGACUGCUUUUCAUCGGAUUGUAUUGAAGUACUUCCAUUUUAAAUUGUAUAUUCUCAUUGUGAUAGAAAGAUAAUCACUGCUAAAUGUCCGCAGGGCCCAAUUACAUAUAACGUCUAAUGAGUGCCAGUAUUUCAACUUGUGGAAUGCACUAUUCACUGGAGUUGGGGACCAAAUCACUGGCAAUUCUGGUCCAGCCAGCGAUUCCAGUUUAAGCCAUUUUAACCGUGCAGCCUUUAUUCCAGAUGUUGGCAUUAAAGGGCUCACUGGAGCUCCAGCUGGCAGAGUAAUGAAGAACAGGAAAAAGGACAGGCGUUGGGCGUGCAGCAAGGUUUAGUGCAGAGGAUUUAGUUUGUCAGAAUGCAAAGGGGAGGUGGGGGGGCAAGGUGGCUGGGUGAGGCGGUGUGGGUAGUUUGACUGAGCCCAAUAGGAGGUUGAAUGUAAGGAAUGGAGCUGAGCACAUUUUGAGGGAGAGGUUUGGGAUGACUGAUUGUAUUGUGGGGGUUGUAAGAGGGAGAACAUAAUCAAGGGCUGGUACGGGGAGGUAAGAUUUGGUCUGGCUAAAUAAAGUAUGAAGAGAUGGGGUGGCUGGGAACAGAGAUAAGGGAUAACCAGGUGGGGGUGGGGAAUGAAGGAGCCUAGAGGGAUGAGUUAGUAGUGUGCUUAGGUUGGGGAUGGGCACAGUGGGUGAUGGUUCAGGUGCAACCCACCACAAUUUAAGUUUGUUUGGGACAUUUUAUAAAUGAACUUGAAAUUGGCAGCACAAAAUGAACCAGAAGUGACACCCUGUUUAGGACAGUGGUGAAUGUUGGUAGCUCGGGUUGAGGGGUUUGAUGUCGCGGUGUUUGACAAGCUUGGCAAUUAGCGUGCAGAUGUUUAAACACCAGUUGAGGUGACGUCCUUGGUGUAUUUGUAUAGCACCCCCCCGCCCCUGCACAGUCCUGAUUGGCUACCCCUCAGUUGACCUUUGAAUUCUAUUGACUUGCGUUUCAUUGGCUCUUAGAUGUUCGUAGAUGGGGUCUUUUUUGAUAUGUUUGUUUACGGAUUUGAAGGUCAACUGAAGAGGUAGCCAAACAGGACUGAGGCAAGCAAAUGGGUGGGGGGGGAUUGGCAGGGGCUAUAUAAAUACAAGCACUCCCAGAGAGAAGUACCAACAACUGCACACUCAGCACAUCACCUCGACUGGCGAUGAACUGCCAAGCUCGGUGAACACCACAACAUCGAAUGACACCCUGCGUUGAAAUCGAGCUCAGGCUUGGGGUCAGAUCAGGAGAUCAGGUGUCAGCUUCUAAUUCACAGAGGGAAUCAGGCCCAAGCUCGGAGUGUUAUAGGACUCAGUAAACGCCCGUAAUUUUUGUUGACCGUCAUUCCGCAUUCCUGAAACAGGGAGACUAAACAUCUCUAAGGGAAGAUGGUCAUUGGGAAGUAUGUUGGUAUUGAAUGAUUUGCUGCUCUCACUGAUUUGCUUUCAAGAAUAUUAACUAAGUGAUUAAUUUAUGCACUUUUUUUCAAAAUAACUUGUUUACAUAUGUUUCAGUACACAAGGAGGAAUAACUUGUUGUGCUGUGGGAUAUUUGGAGAUUCUGGUGAGUUGCUGUAAUGCUGGGAUAUUGAUUUUGUUUUUUUAUGCUUGUUUUUCAGAAGCUUUUAUAUUUGUGGAAAGAUAUAUAUUCAAUUAAUUCUAAUAUUGCCGUGCCUGUUCAAUAUGUCAAUUCAAAAGCUUGAAGUGUUCUUCCCCUGCAACACCAGGGAGUACAUCAAGUAAGGGCUUUAGCUAAGAUCUGUAAACUGUAAGUCUGUAUACGUGGUCGUGGAAGGCCCACCCUGUAAGAUCAUGUGUCAAUCAAUGGUCUCCUGUCCAUCUCAGUUUUGGACCAGAUCUCAAGAGGGAAGCAGGAUGGAAUCAGAUGUCUGGAUCCACCAGCUGCAGAUAUCACAGAAUCCAGAACAGAGAAGCUUCAUUCUAUCAAAUGCCUUCUCAAAAAUGGAUUAAUAAACUGCAACCAGGCUCACGUGAUGAGUCUGAGUUCCGUUUGAGAAACGGUUGUAUGUAGAAGCUCCAACAUAUGGGCUUUGUUUAUAUGAGAAGAUUCCUUGUUGGAAAAAAAUCCAUACUUUGUAAACAAACAGGGUUGCACUGUGUAUGUGAAUAUGAGUUGGAUGCCUUACAAGCAUUGACAGAAGCCUUGAGACUCACUACAAACAUAAAUUGAGGGGGGAAUUUGCUAAAGAUGACACAAUAGGAACUAGCCGCACAAAUGAAACAGCUGAAGUUGCACCAUCUUGCACGUGGGUGGCAACAUCGGACAAACUCCACAGUACACGACUGGGAAUGGGUUAAAGGUGGCAGAUGGAUCUAACCUACGGCACAGAGAACAUCUCUGCACAUUUAGACAAAUGGAUAACCCUUACCCUGAAGAAUAAGCAGCCAGUGCAUAGAUGAGUAGCAAUAUUGUAGGAUUUUGUGAGUUUGAGGGCUUUAAUUGCGAUUAUGCUCAUGUUAUGUGUAUCUAAUGAAGUUGCUGAAAUCGAGUUGUUGGUAAAAGUUUUGUUUUGUUUGGUCUCCAGCUACUUGUGGCAUUUCUGCCAUACUCUGAUUGUGUACGGCAGUACUUGGUGUCUCCGAUUCCUAGCCCACAUGGUGGCAUCCUUGUACUAGACAAAUGCAGGAGUCAGUUUUGAUACUGUGUAUGUAACAGAGGCAUGGUAUAAUUA